CCGAUUUUUACGUCACUGGGAGCGCCCAAGGACGGCCGAGUUUCAAAGCAGGCGGCGGCACGGCUGGGCAUAGGCGAUAAACACGCCGAGUGCAUGAGACGCCUGCUUCGGGAGCCUGGAGAGCAAUCAAGAUGCAAGCUUGCCGAAGGCUGCUGUUUUCAGGCCUAACUCACAGCCGUGGUCUCCUCAGAAAUGCUGCUGCACGCAAUGGAGGAACUGGCGUUCGCGCCAUUACGUCGGAUUUGGCCGAGAUGGACGACGAAGAGAACGUCCCCAAGCCGGUCAUCCGUGACGUGCGCAAGGUGAACGAGAGCACCCUGUGCGUCACAUUCUCGGAUGACACGAAGUGUCACUUCAACAGUGUCUGGCUCCGCGACAGUUGCACGUGCUCGGCGUGCGUGCACCCUGCAACGCGGCAGAAGCUGGUCAGCAGCGUCAAGAUCAACCCCAGCAUCCAGCCACUGUCGUGGGCCGUCGAGGGCGGGGAGACGCUGGAGAUCUGCUGGCCACAACAGCCGUCGUCGCCGCCUCACUCCAGCACGUACUCCUGUGACUGGCUUUACCAGUUCGGCAAAUUGUUCGAGAAUAAAGACGGCGAGCCGGUCGAGGUGUCCGACAUGUUCUACACCAACACCAAGUCGUCAACGAUCCUAUGGAACCGCGACGAGUUCGAGGAAAAUCCUCCGGAGUUGGACUACAAGACGUUCAUGGAGGAACGCUCGGGCCUCAAGCAGAUGGUUAAGAACAUCGUCAAGUACGGCAUCUCUGUGCUGCAUGACGUUCCUCCUCACGAAGACGAGCUGGAGAAAGUUGCCUCCCGUAUGGGCUACAUACGGGAAACUGGCAUGGGACGUGUGUUCGACGCUACUUGUCAGCCGGAUGCGCACAGGGGUUCACGUUUUCAUCAGCACACCGAGCUUCCCGACAGGGAGAGCGCCCCGGGCGUCAAGCUGCUGUUGUGCCUUUCAUCGGAGGUGCCGAAGCAGACACUCAGUGGGACGCCCAACAAAGGAAGAACGUUCUUCGUCGACGGCUUCUACAUAGCCCAGUGGAUGAAAUACAACCACCCCGAGUACUUCAGGUUACUUGUGUCUACGCCGGUCACGUUUUCCUACUACGACUCGAGGCGAGGUGUGUGGCUUCGAGAUACGUUUCCCAUUAUCAGGACAAAUAACUAUGGGAAGAUAAAGAAGAUUCAUUACAGCACGUUCUCUAUGCGGCCGCCGCUGCUGUCGUCUAGCGAAGCUACGAAGUUCUACGAGGCAUACAGCACAUUCACCAAGCGCAUGGAGGAAGAAUCGUCCCAAUACGCUUUCCACUUGGCGCCGGGAGACCUGGUCGCCUUUAACAAUCGGCGUAUUCUCCACGGCAUGAAGGAGCUGGGUCCGGACCACAAGGACGUGAUCCUGAGAGGUUGCUACAUGGACAUGGAUGAAAUUGCCUCCCUGUACGAGAAAAUGCGCAGGGACGAUGACCCUUGAGCGUUCAAUAUGAUCACGGUACCACAAUGUUUUGAUCUACACUUCAAGGCUGCCUGUCCAUAAAGCGCACCAGAAGACUUCUCAGCUUUUGUACAUAGCACUCUACGGAUAUGUCAACGCGCACACGCGCUAUGCGUCAUUCGUUAAUAAACUUAUUGUGUAUUGCG